GAGCCGGAGGAGAGGGCGGGGUGGGCCGGGGGAGGGGAGGAGCGCGGCGCCGCUGCCGGGAGCCGGCGGGCCCGAGAGUGACCGUGUCCCGGCGGGCGCCCGCGGAGCCGCGGCGUCGGACCCGCCUCCUGGAGGAGCUCAGCCCCGGCCAGGCCCGGCCCAUUCCCGCCCCGCGCCGCCUCCCCGCCGCCGCCGCGGGAGCGCUCCCUGCCCACCCCGCCCCCGCGGCCGAGCCCGGGAGUCGAGUGGGAGUCGGCCGGCCGGCGCGGGCAGCGCCGGGACCCCGCGGGGGACACUGCAGCCGGAGCCCGGGAGGGGCCGCGCCGCCGCCGUCUGAACUAGGAUGUCCCGACAUGAAGGUGUCAGCUGUGAUGCAUGUUUAAAAGGAAAUUUUCGAGGUCGCAGAUAUAAGUGUUUAAUUUGCUACGAUUACGAUCUUUGUGCAUCUUGUUAUGAAAGUGGUGCAACAACAACAAGGCAUACAACUGACCACCCAAUGCAGUGUAUAUUAACAAGGGUAGAUUUUGAUUUGUACUAUGGUGGGGAAGCUUUUUCUGUAGAGCAGCCACAGUCUUUUACUUGUCCCUAUUGUGGAAAAAUGGGCUAUACGGAGACAUCUCUUCAAGAACAUGUUACUUCUGAACACGCAGAAACAUCAACAGAAGUGAUUUGUCCAAUCUGUGCAGCGUUACCCGGAGGCGAUCCUAAUCAUGUCACGGACGACUUUGCAGCUCACCUUACACUUGAACACAGAGCCCCUAGAGAUUUAGAUGAAUCGAGUGGUGUUCGACACGUACGUAGAAUGUUUCACCCUGGCCGGGGCUUAGGAGGUCCUCGUGCUCGUAGAUCAAACAUGCACUUUACUAGCAGCUCUACUGGUGGACUUUCUUCUUCUCAGAGUUCAUAUUCUCCAAGCAGUAGGGAAGCCAUGGAUCCUAUAGCUGAGCUCUUAUCUCAGUUAUCAGGAGUGAGGCGUUCUGCAGGAGGACAGCUUAAUUCUUCUGGCCCUUCCGCCUCUCAGUUACAGCAACUGCAGAUGCAGCUGCAGCUAGAGCGGCAGCACGCCCAGGCAGCGCGGCAGCAACUGGAGACCGCACGCAACGCAACCCGGCGCACUAACACAGGCAGCGUCACCACUACAAUCACACAGUCCACAGCAGCCACCAACACAGCGAACACAGAGAGCAGUCAGCAAACGCUCCAGAAUUCACAGUUUCUUUUAACGAGGUUGAAUGACCCUAAAAUGUCUGAAACCGAGCGCCAGUCCGUGGAAAGCGAGCGUGCAGACCGCAGCCUGUUUGUCCAAGAGCUCCUUCUGUCCACUUUAGUGCGCGAAGAGAGCUCGUCCUCAGACGAGGACGAACGGGGGGAGAUGGCAGAUUUCGGUGCUAUGGGCUGUGUCGAUAUUAUGCCUUUAGAUGUUGCUUUAGAAAACCUAAAUUUAAAAGAGAGUAAUAAAGGAAAUGAGCCUCCACCACCUCCUCUUUGAUGACAUCCCAAUCCGCAGACAGUGUCCUCUGUGCUGUAUUUGCCAAUGAAAGUGGACAACAACUAUCUUGGGUUUGUUUGGUGAUUGUAAUUUCAGGUCUGUCACUCUUGUUACAUUGUGUACAUUCAAAAGGAAGAGAGAAAAUAUAUAUGAUAAUCAUUUCCACUUAACUAAUUUUUACUUCUAGCAGGUAAAUGUAGGUAGCAGUGCAGGGGUGGUCUCUGCUUCCUGUACCUUGACAUGCAAAAGGCUCUCCUAAUACUCCACAUUCAAACUGAAGAGGAAAAUUGAAAUCUCUAAUGAAGCUGCUGUGUGUAUUUAUGAAUAUUAAUGAAUAAAAACUGCUUGGAUGGUUUACCUUAACUACUGCAUGAGGUUUUUUGCAGCGUGCAUGAGUUUUAGUGACCUUGUUAUUUAAAAAAUUAAAUACAAGGAGUAAAACUUCAAAAUAAAAAAAAAGCCCAAAGCUUUCCCAAACAUUAUUCAAUGGUUACCCGGCAAGUAGCUUUUGAGUAAUGUCUGCCUGAACCACCUUUCUGUGUGUGCCUCAUCCUCACAAAGCCAGCUCUGCAGUGGAGUCGGGGCCGCGGCGGGCUGCCCUGCGCGUGGAGCCAGCCCGUCCAGCCCGUCCAACUCGUCCGCAGGAGACACCAGUAAAGCUGCUGCUAGAACCCGCUGCAGGCACACUGCGUGCCCUACAAACAAAUCCUCUUCAUGUUUGUUUCAAGUUUUUACUUUCUGUGGUUGUUGAAAAUGUUUUCAAUUGUUAAGUAUGUUUUAUUCAGGUAUAGAUGAAUUCAUUUGUUCACUGUUCAACGUUAGCCUGAAUUAUGUUGUCUCUGUUUUUAAAAAUCUCACAUUCUUAAUCUUCUUCUGCGUUAUUUAUGUAUUCACUUCAUAGUUUGCUGAGACAGAUCAGUAUCAGGAGAGCGUCGAGGAUUUGCCUUCCCAGACUUUGUCAAUCUAUUACAACCAAAUUCUUGAGGGAACUUCAGCACCUUUUAUUGAUCGGGUUUGUUCCUGGCAUAAAGAGUAAAGCCUUUUAACAGAAUCAUGCCACCUAUAUGCCUAUGUUAUUAAUCCUAUGUGGAAAAAAAAAAAUGUACAGCUGUUUCGGGUUUGUUUUGGGGUAUGGAAGGGCCAGGUUAUUUUUUGUUUUUUUGUGCAUAGACUUUCACAAUAGCUCCAAGGCAGGGACAGCGGGUUUGGGGUUUGGGAUGGGGGGGGCAGUUUUUGGAAUGUAAAUUUAGGACUUUUAAAAAAGGUGCGCACAGCUUCUGAUAAAUUUAUAAACUAGACUUAACCUAAUCAUGUCUCGUUACCGUUCUCUUUUCUCAGUCUCAACCGCUCUUUUUCCUGUCAUCCUCUUCCUCUCCCUGUCCCCUUCCUGUCUGCGUUCGUCCGUGUCUUCAACACAGCAAGCAUACAGGCUCAAACACCCUCCAGUGUUCUUCGAGAACUGUGAAGUCCAUGUCCAUCCAAAUGUAACCAAAAAAGAAGUCACCCACAGCUCCAAGAAACUGUUGCUUCUCCUCCUCUGAAACUUCAGACGACAGUGACUUCCAAACACAAUAGCUUGGUUUCCUUUAGUUUCUGUAAUGGAAAAUGUUUUAAAGGAAUAUUUGACACCAGGCUUCUGGUUAUACUGGGAGUCAACUCCAGUAGGGAUUUUCUUUUUUUGUUUUUUUUCAAUGGGUUGUUGAGAAGUUUCAAAAACCAGUUUUCAAGCUGUGGUCUUUUCAAACACAUCUUCUGCACAUGAGUCACACAUUUCAAUAAAGCAUUUUCAAGACUGUU